UUGUACGUAAGAAAAAUUGGAUUUAUAUUUUACGAAGUACGUUUUUUGUAACGUAUGUUUCAUCAAAAAAAAAGAAGGAAGCAUAUUUGUAUCUUCAUUAAUGUUAAACAUUUAUUGCAUGAGAGGAAUUGUAUGAAAUCAUACAUACAAUAUGCCAAAAAUGUCGAUUCGAAAAUUUAAAAGGGUUGGAGUACUGGCUAAUAAAAGAUCACAGAUCUUGAAAACACGCUAUAAGGAAGUACGAUCUUACAGACCAUUAUGUGAAAAAUUGAAGCAUAAUAAUAGUCAUUUAGCAAAAGCACUUUCUAAAGAAAAACAGAAUAGUCAGACAUUGUUCACACAAAAUAUAGAGCUAGUAGAAGAGAUUCAGCAAUUAAAUCUAAUAUGUAACACACGAAAUACUGUAAUUUCGAAUGUACUGAAUAACGCAAAGGAAAUAUUGAAAAUGUUAGUCACAAUGACUGGUUAUAUGACAAAUACUAUCUCUAUGUGUCAAGAGCUUGUUGCUGCCAAUACUGCUGUGAGGCUGUCUGCUUCAACUGAAAAUAAAGAAUCAUCUGUUAGAUUAUCAACAAAAUCACCAGCAAAAGGAGUGGUAAAACCUAUGGUGGGUGGGCAUACUAUUACUAAGCCUACAAUAAAUUUAAGUCGGGUUAAUAUGGAGGAUAUUAAUGUAUCAAGACUGAGUGAUAUACCAGAAGUAACCACACCCACUAGAAGUUUGGAGAUAACUGAGAAUAGAUCGCCGAUUAUUUCUUUACCUUCUACGCCUCUUAGAUAUGAAAAUGGUCGUCCAUGCAGAUUACCAGAAAGAUUAACAAUUUCUUCACCCAGGGUUAAUGAUGAACAAAGAUUAAGAAGAAAUAGGAGAAGCCAUUCAAAAAGAUUGUCAGUAUCUUUUUCGCGAUCACGAAAUAGAUGGUCUAAUGAAACUCCGUCAACUGCGGGACAUAUUAAUGUAAUUGACACUCAGAUUGACAUUCAAAGUAAAGAGAGUCGUGAUGACACGUCUGACAAACAUCUGACUGAUAGAAUAAACGCAAAAUCAGAAUCACAGGUGCCUAUUAACUCGAACGGGAAAAAUGAAACGCACAUAGACACAUCGAAAAAGGAUUCUGAUGUACAAAUAAAUAAUAAAAUUUCCAAUAAAGAUUUUAGUAGAAAUUCGAGUGUAACAGAAAGCUCUAAACUGCAGAAUAAUACUAGAACUUGGGAGGAAGAAGAUCCAUUAGAAGGUCCAAGUUGGCUGUUUAACAAUACUAUACCACCGCAAGAUAAUGAACCAGAACUCGAAAAUGUUGACGUCUCUGACGUUAAUAAUAAUACAUCACAAGUGAUAGUAUAUGAUGAGUCAAGCGUUACAGAAAGCAACGUAGGAGAUAUAUCGAACUCAAAUGAAUCUAUGAAUGAUGUACAAGCUUCAGAGAGAUAUCCCGUUGCCGAUCGUUCCGAGUGUAACUCCUUUAUACAUGAGCAUGAUACAAAUGAUAGUAUUUGCGAGAUACUUCCGACAACGACUACAUCAAAUGAUAAAAGAAGUUCAGAUAACAUAGAAGAUGGUAAUGCAAAUGAUACAAUGAAAUUUACUAGUUUCGUGACGCUGAGACGAGGACAUUCCGAAGUACCGGAAGAGACAGAAGACUUUACUUUAAUGUUACGUCAAUCAAGACAAAAUAUGAAAUUCAAUAUUAAUGAGUUGCGACUGCCUGUUUUGGACGAAUCCGUGAUAAAUAAUUCUGCUGUCAAUAAUGAAAUUGACACUAAAGUAACCACCACGUUACCAAGAAAUACGAGUAUUCCAAUCGCAUCGGUAUCGAAUCAGAAUUUAGAUAAAUCUGAUUAUAAUCAUAUCACGAUAAAACUGCCGAUAAUUCUAGUUAGUGAUCAUAAGAGAACGUCGAUACCGCAAAAGACAAAGCAUUCCAAUAAAAGUAUUAAGAAAUCGAGGACACCGAAUAUGACAGGCAGAACGAGUCACGCUGAAAAUUCUCCGACGAUUAAAAAUAAGACGAAACUGAGAAAUAAGUCUAAGGACAAUCGAGAUCCUAGCACAGCAAAAGUCGUUUUGGAGAAGCUUAAUGAAUCUCAUGUUAAACCAAGAACAGCUCAGAACAUUAACAGUGUCAUAAAAGAUGUCACGUCUGAUGAAGACGAUAAUCAACGAGAUUUGGAGGGUAGCAUUUACACUUCUAAUCGUCCUAGACGAAGAAAGGCGCCGACAAAUUUGAAAGAACCUACUUUGAAUAAGAAAUUAAGAAGAGGUUAAUAAAAAGGAGACUGAUAUGUAUUA